GCAAAGCUCAUUUCCAAGCAAGCCCCGAAGCAACGUCACUUCUCGUCAUGGAUGCAAAGUCCCAGGAAAUGAUUGCAAACCUCUUCAAGGCACCAGCCGCUGCGAGGGCAGCAAAGACGCUUGAUAGAGCCAUAUUCGCCAAGUCACUGCCUACUUUUGCAGCUUCCGUGCGUGAGAACAAGCUCAUCUCAAAGUAUAGAAAACAACUUGAGAAGACAAAUGAACUGCUAUCUCUGGAACGCUUUGAUGUCAUCACGCCAAACCCGGACCCCGCGUUGGCAGCCCAGGGCCGCAAAUGCUUGAUUCUUGCACCAAGUAUCAAUGGAUCUUCACCUGAUACCUGGAGUGCCGAGCUACAAGAAGGCACCAAGACUGGUGACCUUCAACUGGUACCCUUCGAGCUCAAGAUUGGCUAUGAUCUCUGGAGUUAUCUUGAUGUUAUGCGCAGCAUCUUACCCGAAGACCUUCACGGCGAAAUCCCUGUCGGCUUCAACACCGCCGGCCAUGUUGCACAUCUUAACCUGAGAUCCCAGUAUCUUCCUUACAAGCAUAUUAUUGCGCAAGUUAUCAUUGACAAGAACCCUACCAUCCGCACCGUUAUCAACAAGAUUGACGACGUCGGUACACAAAGCGAAUUCCGAACAUUCUCGUACGAAGUCCUCGCUGGACCCGACGAUAUGCUUGUCGAAGUCAGUGAGGCAGGAUGCUUUUUCAAGUUUGACUACUCAAAGGUCUACUGGAACACCAAGCUUGGCACUGAACACCAGCGUAUCACCGCUCUGUUCAAGCCCGGCGAGGUUGUUGCUGACGUCAUGGCAGGUAUUGGUCCUUUUGCUGUACCUGCGGGUAGAAAGGGAGUAUUUGUUUAUGCAAACGAUAAAAACCCCGAAAGCUUCAAAUAUUUGAGCGACAUUAUUCGUCGUAACCAUACGGAGCAGUUUGUAAAACCAUUUAACGAGGACGGUCAUGAGUUUAUUCGCAACGCAGCAGACUAUGUUCUCGAGGCAUCCAUGAGAGGCGAUUGCGCAACCAUCAAAGCCAAGGUAUCUCGCUCUGCUACUAAGCCUGUACCAGAACCUAAGCGCGUUCCCCUUCCACCAAUAAUAUCUCACUUCGUCAUGAACCUUCCGGCCUCUGCUAUUGAGUUCCUGCACAACUUCAAAGGCGUCUACCACGGCCAAGAGAAGCUGUUUACCCCCCACACAGACGUCAAAUUGCCUAUGGUCCACACCCACUGCUUCGCCGUCAAAGCUGACGAUGCCACUCCGUUAGACGACAUAUGUGAACGGAUUUACAAGGAAAUUGGGGUCAAGCUUGUGCCCGGAGAUGCUGAAGUGCCUGGCCAGGUUGGAAUCCACGAAGUCCGAGACGUGGCUCCAGCAAAACGCAUGUUCUGCGCGAGCUUCAGAGUUCCUCCUGAAGUUGCUUUCGCAUCCCGAUCAUAACCGUUACGUCCGGAGCUAGGUCCGAUCAUAUGAUUGGGCUUGAAAAAUGGCAUAUUAUAGCAUAAAGCCGUCGCUUGAGGCGAUAUCGUUCAACCGCCGGACCGGUCGGCAAGCGUGGGACGCCCGUCGGACGACAAGUCUAGCGUGGUUGUGUCUGCAGAUACGAGCAGAGGGGAAAGUCAAACACUGGAAAUGGUUUCCGCCACCACCAUUGCGCAGCACUGCAUUUCUCAAUCGGUGCAUUGGUCAGUCCAAUUGUCUAGGCUGAGGGCCACAGGAAUUGCAUCACCUAUGCAUAUCGGGGAUAUCAAGAGGUGUAGUGAUAAUAUAAAAACCGGGGCCGGUCGAACGGUGUUGCAGCAACGGCCGUCUAACAAGCCCAUCCCACGGAAGGAUUCUGCCUAUUAACUGCACCAGAUGCUUGGCGUUUAGCUGAGCCUGAUGUUGGAAUGGAUGAUAAUGCAGCUGCAACCAGGUUUCCAGGCUCAGUACCCAGUGAGAUGCGGAGAUGCCGUAAUUGAUCGUCGGCAAGAGGCCGGGAUAUACAAGCGAUCGACAUAGAUUCAUGAUUUCAUGAUUGAAUAUAAAGAAGUAAUGAGGAGGCACAUGUG